AAUUGGAUUGAGAUGAAUAAGAUGAAUCCAUUUCGAGCAUUGCAUUUUUCGCCAAUAAUUAUUUGCUUGGCGCUUACAAUCGUGACAUGUUUUAGCCCUGAACCACGAGUUGGGCCAGCCAGUGUAUUAAAUGGGAACAAAAUCUACUUUUUCGGUGGUAACACAAAAAAUCCGAGUAUAUUUCGGAUUAAUCCUUUUGGCGUGCUAAUUUGCGAUAAGCCACAACCAGCAAAAUCACCACUGAUAUUGAAUAAUCAAUUAUAUAUCUUGAAUACGCAAAAUUAUACAUGGGUUAACACAUUUGAUGCAUCAAAUAUAUAUGGAUCUAAUUCAUUGCAUGGAUCUAAUGUAACAUCUAAUAAUGAUUCAGGAGGUUCAAUUUCAUUAGGUGCAAUUAUUGGUAUUGGUGUAGGUGCAGCAGUUGCCCUUAUUAUCAUAGGUGUUGUAGGAUUUUUCGGUUAUAAAAGAAUUCAUGCUCGAGAUAAUCGUCAUUCUAUUGCAACUCCUGGCACAUUAUAUACAGAAUAUAUGGAGAAGAGUUCUCAUUAUAGUUAA